AUGUCCAAGAAAGGGCGAAAUAAGGGCGAGAAGCCCGAGGCGCUCAUUGUCGCCCUUCAAGCUGCCAACGAAGACCUCAGGACCAAGCUCACAGACAUCCAGAUAGAGCUGCAUCAAGAGAAGUCCAAGGUAUCUAAACUCGAAAGAGAGAAAACUCAAGAAGCCAAGAGGAUCCGUGAGCUAGAACAGCGCAAACACACGGUCCUGGUGACCGAACUCAAAGCCAAGCUCCACGAGGAGAAGAUGAAGGAGCUGCAGGCCGUGCGGGAGAAUCUCAUCAAGCAGCACGAGCAGGACAUGGCCCGGACAGUGAAGGUGCGGGACGGGGAGAUCCAGAGGCUCAAGUCGGCGCUGUGUGCGCUCCGGGACGGCAGCAGCGACAAAGUAAGGACAGCGCUCACCAUCGAGGCCCGCGAGGAGGCCCGGAAACUGUUUGAUGCAGAGCGCCUUAAGCUCUUACAGGAAAUUGCGGACCUGAAAACGGCCAAGAAGCAGGUGGAUGAGGCGCUAAGCAAUGUGAUCCAAGCGGAUAAAAUCAAGGCUGGGGACCUCAGGAGUGAGCAUCAGUCCCACCAAGAAGCCAUCUCCAAGAUCAAGUGGGAGUCGGAGCGGGAUAUUCGGAGGCUGAUGGAUGAAAUCAAAGCCAAGGACAGGAUCAUCUUUUCCCUGGAAAAGGAACUGGAGACCCAAACAGGCUAUGUACAGAAACUCCAACUGCAGAAGGAGGCUUUGGAUGAACAGCUCUUUCUGGUCAAGGAGGCUGAAUGUAACAUGAGCAGUCCAAAACGAGAAAUUCCGGGAAGGGCAGGAGAUGGCUCUGAACACUGCAGCAGUCCUGAUUUGCGAAGAAAUCAAAAGAGAAUAGCUGAGUUGAAUGCCACUAUAAGAAAAUUAGAAGACAGGAAUACCUUGCUUGGAGAUGAACGAAAUGAAUUGUUAAAACGCGUGCGGGAAACCGAAAAACAAUGUAAACCUCUUCUGGAAAGGAACAAGUGCCUCGCCAAGAGAAACGAUGAACUGGUGGUGUCUUUGCAGCGCAUGGAAGAGAAACUAAAAGCCGUUACCAAGGAAAAUUCAGAAAUGAGAGAAAAAAUUACAUCUCAUCCACCCUUGAAGAAGUUAAAGUCUCUGAAUGACCUCGAUCAAGCUAAUGAAGAACAAGAGACAGAGUUUCUAAAACUUCAGGUCAUUGAACAACAGAACAUUAUUGAUGAGCUCACAAGGGACCGGGAAAAGCUCAUUCGUAGGAGAAAGCAUAGAAGAAGUUCCAAGCCAAUUAAGAGGCCUGUUUUGGACCCAUUUAUUGGCUACGAUGAGGACUCCAUGGAUUCAGAAACAUCAUCCAUGGCCUCAUUUAGAACAGACCGAACGCCAGCUACUCCUGAUGAUGACUUGGAUGAAAGUCUAGCAGCUGAAGAAUCUGAGCUACGAUUCCGACAAUUAACAAAAGAGUACCAAGCUCUCCAAAGAGCCUAUGCCCUCUUGCAGGAGCAGACUGGAGGCAUCAUUGAUGCUGAAAGAGAAGCUAAGGCUCAAGAGCAACUCCAGGCAGAGGUGCUAAGGUAUAAAGCCAAAAUUGAAGAUCUGGAAGCGACUCUGGCUCAGAAAGGGCAGGAUUCACACUGGGUAGAAGAUAAACAACUUUUCAUUAAGAGAAACCAGGAGCUUUUAGAAAAGAUAGAAAAACAAGAGGCAGAAAAUCACCGGCUCCAACAGGAACUGCAGGAUGCCAGAGACCAGAAUGAGCUGCUGGAGUUUCGAAAUCUAGAGCUAGAAGAAAGAGAGAGACGAUCCCCUCCAUUUAAUCUGCAAAUUCACCCAUUCUCAGAUGGUGUGAGUGCUCUACAGAUCUACUGUAUGAAAGAAGGUGUCAAGGAUGUGAACAUCCCUGAUCUCAUAAAGCAGCUUGAUAUCUUGGGUGAUAACGGGAAUUUAAGAAAUGAAGAGCAAGUGGCUAUAAUUCAGGCCAGCACUGUGCUGUCCCUGGCAGAAAAGUGGAUCCAGCAAAUUGAAGGAGCAGAGGCUGCCCUGCACCAGAAAAUGAUGGAACUGGAAAGUGACAUGGAACAAUUCUGCAAAAUCAAAGGCUAUCUGGAAGAAGAACUAGACUACAGGAAACAAGCUCUCGACCAAGCAUAUAUGGUAGGUACAACAAGCAUUAGAGACACUCCGAGUAGAAUCCAGGAACUAGAAGCGACUUUGUACAAUGCUCUGCAGCAAGAAACUGUUAUCAAGUUUGGUGAAUUAUUAACUGAAAAACAGCAAGAGGAGCUGAGGACAGCAGUGGAAAAGUUACGGCGGCAGAUGCUGAGGAAGAGCAGAGAGUACGACUGUCAGAUUCUACAGGAGAGAAUGGAGCUCUUACAGCAAGCCCAUCAGAGAAUUCGUGACUUAGAAGAUAAAACAGACAUCCAGAAAAGACAGAUAAAGGACUUAGAAGAAAAGAGUAACCGAAAACACGGAUAAUACCGCAGAAAAGC